AUGUUGGCGUCCAUAAUCCCAAUCCUAACACCCUCUUCCAACCUCAACCCUUCCCAUUUCGUCCCCUCAAUCACAACAACCAGAGUCUCAUUCCCACAAUCUUCUUCCUCUUUCAAACCACACUCAAAACUCCCUCUAUUUCCCAGGUUCAGUCGUAGCUCCAACAGUAAUAAUGCUCCCGACCCCGCCGUCGGUCCCGCUUCUCCGGAAAUUGAUGAAGUAGAAAGUGAAUCAUCAUCUGAGUUUGGUGAUAGCUAUGUGGCCUUGUUUGUUCGUAUGCUAGGCCUAGAUAAUGAUUCUCUUGAUAGAGAACAGGCUAUAAUUACUCUUUGGCAAUACUCACUUGGUGGAAAGAAGUGUAUUGACAAUAUCAUGCAAUUUCCUGGCUGUGUUAAUCUUGUUGUGAAUCUCCUUAGAUCCGAGUCAAGUUCGUCGUGCAAGGCUGCUGCAGGCCUUCUGCGAAUGAUAUCUUCCAUUGAUCUAUAUAGGAAUUCUGUAGCAGAUAGUGGAGCUAUAGAAGAGAUAAAUAGAUUGCUAGUACAAUCUUCCUUGGGUCCUGAGGUAAAGGUGCAGAGUUUGAAUAUGCUGUGGAACUUAUCUGUUGACGAGAAGCUCCGCGUUAAACUUGCAAAGAGUGAUAUUCUUUUGUUAGCUAUUAAGUUCCUUGAUGACGAGGAUAUAAAUGUGAAGCAAGCUGCAGGGGGUGUUUUGGCAAAUCUAGCGUUGAGCCGUGUUAACCAUGAUAUCAUGGUUGAAGCGGGUAUUAUUCCAAAAUUGGCGAAGUCCUUAAUAUCUGACUCUGAAGGAUCUCGAGUCAUUAUUACAAAGGAAGCAAGGAAUGCAUUGCUGGAACUCGUGAAGGACGACUACUACAGAAUUCUAGUUAUUGAGGAAGGUUUAGUUCCUGUGCCAUUAAUAGGUGCCGCGGCCUAUAAGUCAUACACCCCACGUUUAUAUGAACCCCCUGCAUUUCCAGAUGAUGAAGCAAAAGUCAAUGCAGUGAUUGGACAGACACGACAGCAAUUCCUUGUUCGUAUUGGUGGCAUAGAAAUGGGAGAAACGACAUCUCAUUCUGAAUAUUCAGAUGAUCAGACGCGUCUUACACUCUUACAUUGGAUUGAUGGUGUUGCUCGUUUAGUACUGAUACUAGAACUAGACGAUAAGUCAGCAAUACUAAGAGCUGCAAAGUCAAUUGCUAGUGCUUGUAUUAAUGAACAUAUGCGUAUUGCAUUCAAGGAGGCUGGUGCAGUAAAGCAAUUACUACGGCUUUUGAGUUGCAAUGAUGAUGCAGUCCAGCUGGCAGCGACUCAAGCUUUGGAAAGGCUGUCUGCUAGCAACAUUGUUUGCCGCGUAAUUGAAGCCAUGGGCGGUUUGGGUCCUCUAGUAAGUAUUUUAAAAUGCUCAGACAUAGGUGGAGCUAUUGUGGAAAAGUCUCUGAACAUACUUGCUCAGAUAUUAGAUCCCAAUAAAGAGAUGCAAGUGAAGUUUUAUGAUGGACCAGUUAAUAGAUCUGUGAAGGAAUUUGGUGGAGCCAAAAAUGAUGGUAGAUUAAGUAGCACCGACUCUGAGCAAGUUGUAUCGAAAACAAACCCAAGGAUCGAUAUACUGGACUCGAUUUUCACUGCACGCCUUGUUGAGAUUUUAAAGUCCUCUUCACCCAGUUUACAAGAAAAGGCUGCAUCUGUUCUAGAGUUUGUGGCAUUGACUGACCCAACACUGACUUCGAUUAUAUACGUGGAUAUUGAAAAUGGCCUCAGUUCUACUUUUCAGCAAAAUUUCUUGAAAAUUUCGGCAGACACGGAAUGUGAUGCGGAAGAUCAGUUUUCAGCGGCAUAUGCUAUUAAACUAGAAGAAGCUGGCCUUGCAAUAUCUGCAGCUUCCCGGUUACUGACAAGACUGCUUGACUCUCAGCAGUUUCGCAACAAAAUAAAUUUGUCCAGUUUCAUUGACAUGCUCCGCAAAAUUCUCAAGUCCAAUAUUCCUCUUCGCAGCAAAGAUUGGGUAGCUGCUUGCCUAGUUAAACUAAGUUCUCUCUCUGGUCACGACACGAGUUCUAAUCCAAUCAAUGUUGAAGUUACACUUUAUGAGACUAUUCCAAGACUUGUAGAACAGAUCAAAACAUCAUCCUCUUUAGAAGCUCAGGAAAAUGCUGUUGUCGAACUAAAUAGAAUAGUAUCUGAAGGGGUGGUAGAUUCCACAGGAGCUAUUAUUUCUCUAGGGGCGGUGAAUCCGCUGGUGAAGCUGAUUGAAGAAGGAAGUGAAAUAGGUGUUGAAGCAAGCUUGACAAUACUGUAUAAUCUGAGUAUGGACAGUGAGAACCAUGCAGCACUUGUAGCUGCUGGAGCCGUCCCUUCCUUAAGAAGAAUUGUUCUUUCAGAAAAACCGCAGUGGCAAAGGGCACUUCAUUUGCUCAGGAGUUUGCAGAUAUGA